AUGGAAUUGACAAGACGCAGCUAUGCGGUUGUUUAUGUCAUUCUCCUUUGUGCGUUGGCCCAAGGGGGCUCAGAGGGGAAGGGGGGGAAGGAAGAGGAAAUUUCUAUAGAUGGUGGAGGAGCUUUCUCAUCAUCCAUUUAUGUUCAUGGAAUUAAGGUUGAAAAUGAGUUGAAACAUUGCAGGAAAGAAUUGAUAGAGAGGAACAAUGAUGUCAAAACUAGUACUUCUCCUCCUGCUCCAGUUUCAGAAAAGGGUAGCUCUAGAUAUUUAUUGACAAAGCAUUCUGGAUCAACCUUGGGUGUGGAAAGUGGUCAUGGCAGAAAUUUGAUUGCUGAUUCACCACAUAAUGCACCAAGCCCUUCUGCUACUGCUGAAUCACCAAGUCAUGGUCCAACACCAACAAGUUCUCCAUCAUCACCAUCUCAAUCAUCACCAACUCCAAGUCCAAAAGGUGUGGAUUUACCACUCCCUCCAAAUAUGUUUGUGCCAUUUCCACCAUCACCCCGUGUACCUCAUCCUCCUCCUCAAAAUUUUCGACCUAUAGUAUAUGCUCCUGUUCCUUCACCACCUAACAAUGAAAACAAAAAGAAGCAAACAAUUAUUUUAGCCGCCGCUUUAUCAGGAAUUAUAAUCUUGAUAGGCUUGGCCCUCUGCUAUCGUGAAGCAAGUCGCAACAAAGGUGACAGAGAUGACAGGCCUUUGCUCGUAUUAACCUCAAGUGAUUAUUCUGGUGGAUCAAAGAAGGUUGUUCGAUUGGGAGAUGCUGACAAGGAAGAAUCUGACAUUGGCAAUGGAAAGAAGCCUUCUAAUUUUAGAAAUUGGUCCAUUAAGGGUGGACAUAACAAUGGCUCACUGGUUGAGACAACAGCAUCAGAAGGUGUAGGACAAGUUCCAGUGCCUCCUAAUGGAAAGCCUGCCCCUCCACCUCCACCUCCCAGACCACCACCACCACCGGCUCCAAAGCCGCCACCGCCUCCUGCUCCUCGUGCACCGCCACCUCCAAAAGGUGCUCAUCCUCCACCUGCUCCUCCUAAACCAAUGGGAGGUAAAAAUCAAGGUCCACUACUUGCUAAAGAAGGAACUUCAAGUGAUGGUGAUGCUCCAAAACCAAAACUAAAGCCAUUUUUCUGGGAUAAGGUUAAUGCAAAACCUGACCAAUCAAUGGUGUGGCAUGAGAUCAGAGCAGGAUCAUUCGUGAUCAAUGAGGAAAUGAUGGAGUCUUUGUUUGGCUGCACCAACCAGAAUAAAAAUGAACCUAAAAAAAAUUCACCACAUGUUGAUACUUCAGUGCAUUAUAUUCAGAUUAUUGACCCUAAGAAAGCACAGAACUUAUCAAUUCUCUUGCGAGCUCUGAAUGUGACAACAGAAGAAGUUAUUGAUGCUCUUAAAGAAGGUAAUGAGAUUCCUGUGGAGCUCAUUCAGACGUUGUUGAAGAUGGCACCUACAACAGAUGAGGAAUUGAAGCUAAGGCUAUUCACAGGACAACUCUCAGAACUAGGCCCGGCAGAGAGGUUUCUCAAAUUGUUGGUUGACAUUCCAUUCGCUUUCAAACGUCUUGAAUCUCUCAUGUUCAUGUUUAUGCUUAAAGAAGACUUCUCAAGCAUUAAGGACUCCUUUGCCACAUUAGAGGUUGCAUGCCACGAACUCAGAAAAAGCAGGCUAUUCCUCAAACUACUCGAAGCAGUUCUCAAAACCGGCAACCGCAUGAACGACGGAACCUACCGUGGAGGCGCACAGGCAUUCAGGCUCGACACCCUCCUCAAACUCUCCGACGUAAAAGGAACAGACAGCAAGACAACACUCCUGCACUUCGUCGUCCAAGAAAUCAUCCGCUCCGAGGGAAUAAGAGCCGUGCGAACAGAAAGAGCGAGCAGAAGCAUCUCUAGCGUCGGAACCAAUAACGAUUCCGACGAAGGAACAGAGGAGUCCGAGGAGCAUUACCGCAGCCUCGGACUCCAGGUGGUCUCCGGGCUCGGAGACGUGAAAAAGGCCGCGCUUAUAGACGGGGAUGCGCUAAGCAGCUCCGUCUCUAAGCUUGGCUACUCCAUGGUGAAGACUCAAGAAUUCUUGGACAGGGACAUGAAGAGCAUUGAGGAAGAGAGUGAGUUCCAGCAUUGCAUGGAGAGUUUCAUGGUGAGAGCGAGGGAGGAAGUGACGUGGCUGGUGGAUGAAGAGAAGAGGAUAAUGGCUUUGGUUAAGAGCACUGCGGACUACUUUCACGGGAACGCGGGGAAGGACGAAGGGCUACGUUUGUUCUUGAUCGUGCGUGAUUUCUUGACCAUAUUGGACAAGGUUUGCAGAGAGGUGAGCGAGUCCACCGUGAACUUAGCCAAGGCUGCAAGCAAUAGCGCCAAAGAAGGGACUAGGAGUUCGGUUUCUUCUUCCCAAAACUCCACAACUCCGCCUGUUGAUCUUCAUAGAAGGCUGUUUCCAGCAAUUGCGGAGAGGAGAGUAGAUUACUCUAGCUCUGACGAGGAUGAAGAAUUUUAAUUUCAAUCUCCGUAGCUUCGAUAUAUUGAUAUGGUUUGAAAUCCCGUGGGAAAAAUUAGAUGCAGUUCCAUGUGUGUUUUUGGUGUUGUUUUUCAAUCAGAAUUAAUGUUUACUUUUUUUGGUCAUUUAUGUUGACCUUUGAUGUAAACUUUCAUUAGGCAGAUUAUCCAAGUGAGACUCCAAUUCUAAUAGAAGAACAAUACCAAUCAAAAGCAUUCAGAGAACUGUAUCUAAGUUUUGUCCCUUACUAAAUGACACCAGCUAAAGUAUUUGUUGGUCUUUUUUUAAUGUUGAGGUGUUGUUUUUUAAUUAGAGGGAUGGAAAAAGGGGAUGGAUGAUGUGGUUCUAAGGUUAUGUAAGUGGUUUUGACUAGAAAGAUUGUUGUUGUACUACUUCAUCCAAUGGCAAGUGGGGCUGCUUGCAUUAAGGAAACAGAAGAAGCCUUGGCUUGGUAAUGAA